AUGAAUCUAGCAGGGAUUGACAGAUCCUCCAGUGGAGUGGUGUUACAGUGUGAGUCUAAAGGCUGGUAUCCAGAGCCUGAGGUGUUCUGGCUGGACGCUGAGGGAAACCUCCUCUCUGCUGGACCUACAGAGACAGUCAGAGGUCCUGAUGACCUCUAUACUGUCAGCAGCAGAGUGACUGUGGAGAAGAGACACAGCAACAACUUCACCUGUAGAGUCCAACAGAAGAACAUCAACCUGACCAGAGAGACACACUUCUAUGUUCCAGAUGAUUUCUUCGUGGCACCGUGUAGCUCUGCUCCUUAUGUCAUCCUUGGCUUGGUUGUUUCCUCCAUAUGUGUUCUUGCAGUUGUCUUUGCUGUAUGGAAACGGAAGAAAAACAAAAUCAAAACCAACAAGGCAUUGCAAAGAGAACAACAGCUGCUCAUGCAUGCUCAAGAGAUUGAGGAAAUGAAGAAAACUGAAUUAGAAUUAGAGAAGAAACACAAAGACAUGGUUGAUACACUGACAACACAGAAAGAUCAACUGGGUAAACUAAAGAAUAAGGUAAAGAAACAGGUGGAAGACAACAAGACUAAGUUUAACUCAGUGGUGAACAAUAAAAUAGAGCAACAAGAAUACCUGGAUCUCAGAAAUGUAACAAGUGACUACCAAAAGGAUUUGACUGGCACAUUGUCGGAACUUGAGACCUUAGAACUGGACGUAGAAAAACUAUUAAAGAGUACACAGAAUAUAGAGGGAAUAAAGGAAGCAGAGAACCACAUGGAUGAAGAGAAAACAAGUUAA